GGACAGCCUCGUGCUGGGAUUGGCUGGCCUCGCGCGAGCGCCGGCGCGGAUUGGCUGGCGAGGUUUUAGAGGGAGUCCCGCUCUCCAAUUAAAGCGGUCCGGCUGCGCCAAACUGCACACAGAGCUCCCCCCGGGCCCGCGAACUUGGCCAUUCAGCCGCCUCUGUCCCCGCUGUGUGCCCUCGCGCCUCUGCCUGAGAAGCCAGGCGCUGUUCCUCCACCCCAGAAGAGGAUGGCAAAGGUGGCUAAGGACCUCAACCCAGCAGUUAAAAAGAUGUCCCUGGGCCAGCUGCAGUCAGCAAGAGGUGUGGCAUGUUUGGGAUGCAAGGGGACGUGUUCAGGCUUCGAGCCACAUUCAUGGAGGAAAAUAUGCAAGUCUUGCAAAUGCAGCCAAGAGGACCACUGCCUAACUUCCGACCUAGAAGACGAUCGGAAAAUUGGCCGCUUGCUGAUGGACUCCAAAUAUUCCACCCUCACUGCCCGGGUGAAAGGCGGGGAUGGCAUCCGGAUUUACAAGAGGAAUCGGAUGAUCAUGACCAACCCUAUUGCCACUGGGAAAGAUCCCACUUUUGACACCAUCACCUAUGAGUGGGCUCCCCCUGGAGUCACCCAAAAGCUGGGCCUGCAGUACAUGGAGCUCAUCCCCAAGGAGAAGCAGCCAGUGACAGGCACUGAGGGCGCCUAUUACCGCCGCCGCCAGCUCAUGCAUCAACUCCCCAUCUAUGACCAGGAUCCCUCACGCUGCCGUGGACUUUUGGAGAACGAGUUGAAACUGAUGGAAGAAUUUAUCAAGCAAUAUAAGAGCGAAGCCCUGGGCGUGGGAGAAGUGGCCCUCCCGGGGCAAGGUGGCUUGCCCAAGGAGGAAGGGAAGCAACAAGAAAAGCCAGAGGGGGCAGAGAACAUUGCCCCUACCACCAACGGCAGCCUCAGCGACCCAUCCAAAGAAGUGGAAUAUGUCUGCGAGCUCUGCAAGGGAGUGGCCCCUCCUGACAGCCCUGUGGUCUACUCGGACAGGGCAGGCUACAGCAAGCAAUGGCACCCCACCUGCUUUGUGUGUGCCAAGUGCUCUGAGCCACUAGUGGAUCUCAUCUACUUCUGGAAGGAUGGUGCACCCUGGUGCGGCCGCCAUUACUGUGAGAGUCUGCGGCCCCGGUGCUCCGGCUGCGAUGAGAUAAUAUUCUCUGAGGACUACCAGCGCGUGGAAGACCUGGCCUGGCACCGAAAGCACUUUGUCUGUGAGGGCUGUGAGCAGCUGCUGAGCGGCCGGGCGUACAUCGUCACCAAGUGUCAGCUUCUGUGCCCAACUUGCAGCAAGUCCAAACGCUCCUGAAGGGCUGCCCAUCCACAGCCAGAAUCCGCAGGAUCCCACCGAGAAGGAGAACCAGGUGUACUAAGACCAUCCUAAGGGUCUGAUGUGACAGUGAGCAAGUGACAUAAACAGUGAUUUGCUUUUCAGUGAGAAUAUAUAUAUAUUCUAGGUUGGGCGGUGGUAGAUCCUUGUGGGUCAGUAGUUUCAAAACCAGAAAUAUUCUAAGAAGUCUUAGGAUGGAGUUCUUUUUCUUUCUGUUGUUGUUUCCCAGCUACAACCAACUAAAGACACAAAUGGCGUUCUGCAAGGGGGUUCUGGGAGUAGUUUUCCAGAAUGCAAUUCCGAGUGAUCAAAUCGCAUAGCUAUAGAAUGUGCGUGCUUUUUUGUGGACACGGGAGCUCCACCAGGAGCAGGCUGGGAUCCCAACUAUCGCUUGUUGCCUCUUUUUCAAGUGGAAUUUGAAUUUUAAAUAAAAAACUUUUUGGCAUGAUAAACAUAUCAAUAAAAUUUUGUGAAUUCCA